AACUGGACUCAGGAGGAUGUCUUGAGGUGGUUAAGAGAGUUUGUUGAGUUGCCUCAGUAUGAAAAGGGCUUCAAAGAGCUGCGUGUCAAUGGAACACCUUGCCUAGGAUUGCUUCCAAUGAGCCAUCAUUUAUGAGCACAUAUCUGAAGAUCCAGGACCAGCAACACAAACAAAAACUCAAGCUCAAAGCCCUGGAUGUAGUGCUGUUUGGCUCACCUACACGACCCCCACAUAACUGGAUGAAAGACCUGGUUCUGAUAGUGUCAGUAGUAAUGGGGAUUGGUGGAUGCUGGUUUGCACAGGUACAGAAUAAAGCAUCUAAGAUACAUAUUUCAAAGAUGAUGAAGGACCUGGAUAGCUUGCAAAGAGCUGAACAAAGCCUCAGAGACUUACAGGGGCAGUUGGAAAAGGCCCACGAAGAGAAGCGCACAGUGGCCGUAGAGAAGAAGAAUCUAGAGGAAAAGAUGAAGGAUGAGAUUCAGGGUGCUCAGGAAGAGGCCAACCGCCUGCACCAACUCCGAGAUGGAGCAGUGAGUGAACUCAGCCGUCUUCGAUAUGCAGAAGAAGAGCUUGAACAGGUGCGUAAUGCAUUGAAGAGGGCCGAGAAAGACAUGCAGUACCUCUGGUCAGUUCCUGAAUCUUUGCAGCUGUGGCUACAGCUCACCCAUGAGGUAGAGGUCCAGUACUACAACAUCAAGAAGCAAAGUGCAGAACAACAACUAGUCACGGCUAAAGAUGAGGCUGAGAAGAUCAAUAAAAAAAGGAGUUCUGUGUUUGGUACGCUACAUGUCGCACAUAGCUCCUCAUUGGAUCAAGUGGAUCAGAGAAUUCUGGAGGCCAAGAAUGCACUAGCAGAGGUGACUGCUUGUCUAAGGGAGCGUUUGCACCGCUGGCAGCAGAUUGAGAUCUUGUGUGGUUUUUCUGUGAUGAAAAAUGUGGGACUACCCAGUCUCACCGCUACACUCUACCCAGACCCCAACUGGAUGCUAAUGCCUCGAUCUGCAAUGCAGUCCUAUCAAGCGCCUGUUUCAGUGGAGGACAUGGAGGAAGAAUUACCCCAGAUUAUACCACAGAUUCCUGUCACAGUUGCACCUCUGAAAUGUUCUCCACGGUCUCUGGUUCGCUCUCGCCGAUCGGGGCAUAUUGUGCAAUCACCUGACCCAGACCUCCUGAUUCCCAUACGAACUCCACUACGCAGAUAUGGAGAUGAAGAAGAAGAGCAUAUCAAAUUCUCCCCUCUAGUGAAACAGGAGUCUAUGGAAGCAUCUUCAGAUACAGAUUCUAUCGGGUCCUCCAUCAGCAGAAUGUACAGCACCCUUGAUGUCCCAUCUCGGAGAAAAUAUAUUUUCUCUGAUAAAAUGCCCCGAAAGAUCUCCCUGGAUGAACAAGACGACAGUCCCUCACGCAAAAUCUCGUCGGAGGAGCUGGACGAGUCUUUGUUAGCAAAUAACACCUCAAGGAAAGUUUCACGAGAUGAACUGGAAAUUAAUGCUCCAUCAAGAAAGUCAUCUAGAGAUGAACUAGAGGCCUCUGUGGACCCUCCUAAACAACUGAGUAGAGGAGAAACUGAGGCUAGUGUUGACUCAAGGAAAUUACCCAGGGAUCUAACUUUCGAUUCCACAAUGAGAUACUACUCUACAGAAAAGAUGUAUCCAGCAGCAAUCAGCAUGGAUAGUCAGAGACAACGAUCACUCAGAGACAGAAAAGAUCAUAUGGACAGCAUUUCUAGAGUGAUACCAAAAGCAGAACUUGAUAUAGAGUCCACAAGUGGAACUAGAUAUUCAGAUGCCUUGAACACUUCCAUUAAACACCAAGAAAACUGGGAAUUUCCAUCCAAUAUCCAGCGAGGAAAAGUGUUCAGGGAAAACUCCUUUGAUGCCACCUUUGAUAGUUCAGUGGAAAGCUCUAAAAAACUUAAGAUGUUAGGCAAACCAGAUUCAUCCAAAGACAUCCCUUCACGAAUGAUGGCACAAGAUGAAUUUGAUGUGCCCAUGGAUUUUGAAAGACUAAAAAUAAGAGAUAUUUCCAUGGAUAUUGCUUCAAGGAACAUACUGAAAGAUGAGUUCGAGAGAAGCAAGUCCUUUAAAGAGAACAGGGAUAUCCGCAUGGAAAUUCCCUCAAAAAAAAUCUCUCGAGAUGAACAAGAAGUCGCAAUGGAGACACAACGAAUACAACGCAAGAUAGACAGCUCUGUGGAAACUCCCAUUGUUAAAAUACAAAGAGAGAUGGUGGGUCUAUCUGUGGAGGCUCCAAGGCGCAAGAUAUCGCAGGAGGAGUUUCUGGUUGCAAACCCAGGACAGUUUGGCCCACCUGACCUCACCGUUAGUUCCAUGAUGUUCUGGAAACCAGCCUCAGACUCGCUCAGCUCACUAGUGUAUGACGGCAUUCUAGAAAAGUCCUACGAGGACCCUCUCAUGCCUAGUCCUGGGAAUCUCACUCAUGCGGCGUCAGUGUCUUCCUCUUCCCAAAGCCUUCUUGGAAAUGAAGGUCAAUUGGCAAAUUCGUCUUCUUCAGAAUCUGUCAGUAAAGGCAAGGGCAAGAAAUCUUCAAAGCUCAAGAAUAUAUUCAAAAAGAAAAAGGAAAAGGAAAAAGAUAAAGAUAAAGACUCAUAAAGGUCAACAAGAAGUAGGAAUUCAGACACUUUUAAAAGGCCAAAGUCUCUUCUUAAACUGGUUCGUAAUGCUGCCUUGUAAACUAUAACAUACGCAAAGCUAAACAUGCUGAAUAGAGUGUCCUUGGAUUUUCCUGCAAAAGCUUUUUCUUUGAUAUGCAGGAGCCAAAACAAAUGACCCUCAGCUAAAUGGGUGCAAUGUUGUUAAACAAAGAAGCAGAACUGCACUUUUUCAAGUGGGAUUUAGAGACACUGUACUGCAUAAGAUGUUCUGUCAAGUGAAGCUGUUGAAUGAGAUAUUCAUUGCACAUCUUUCUUUCUUUAUUGCGGAUGUGUUCAUCAUUUGUGAAUGAUGUACUGAGACUUUUACAUAUUAACAGAUCAUUGUAGCAUUGAAGAGAAGAUCACAACAAGCUUGACUUUAUUUAUUUUAUUUACUUGUAUUCACAAAAAUGAAGACAAAACAAAACCAAAUAAUUAAAGGUUAACUAAUAUACUGCAUUUACUACAGGACUAGUAAUAAAAGCUUUUAUUAAUUGCUAUUUAAUAAAUACAUUUAUUUAUAAAUAAAAAUUUAAAACAUUAUUUAUAAAUUUAAUUUAAUCAAUUUAUUUACAAUUUGAAGCACAUGAUCAAAUAAGAUAACUUUUUUUUUUUUUUCAGUUUUGCUAGUCCUCCUUAUCAUCCAAAGUUUAAAAAACUACAGUUUAAUGAAGGAGGACGAUAUUUGUUUUUAAUUAUAUGUUAUAUUUGGCAUCAAACACCUACAAUUAUUUUCCAAAAUGUAGUUUACAGACUUAACUGACCUUUUGACCUUGACUUGCACAGAUUUUUAUGACUUAUAUAAGUAUUAUUGUAGUGUCUGUCUGAUUUUAUUGUACAGCGUUUUUUUUCUUCAGUAUGCAAUAUAAUAGAUUUGACUGGAGAAAUAUUCUUCUUGAAAUUACAUUUAUCCUAAUGUCACUGCAGAUAUUUUGUGGGAACCCGCCCUUUUCCAUUCUAUAUGAUUAUGUGAAAAUAUAAAAUAAAAAUCAAAUUGAAGGUUUAUAUUAAAGGAAAUGUUCACCCAAAAAUGAAAAUUUGCUGAAUAUUUACUCCCUAUCAGGCCAUCUAAGAUGUAGAUGAUGUAGAGAAAUUUACCAUUACAUCACUUGCUCACCAAUGGAUCUUCUGCUGUGAAGUAUUCAUCAAGACAUUUUAACUUCUGCUGUCGCUUCUGGCUAAAAUACUCCACAAUCCAGAGUCCAUAAUCCAUAAUAAUGCUCCUGUGAAAAAACGUACACCCCCUGUUGUCCUUUCAGACCAAAACCUACCAACAAAUUCGUUUAGAACUGUUUUCACUUAUAAACAGUGUUCGAACUUUACAAUUUCUCUACUGAUUCAGACAAGAUGACUUUUCCACUAGAUUUCACUGGGAGAACUAGUUUAUAACAUCUUCAUAAUGGAUUUAUUACAAACGCAGCUUUUCUCUUCACAAGAUGUAAAUUGAUGGACUGAAGUUGUGAGGAUUACUUGUGGAUUAUUGUGAUAUUUUUAUCAGCUGUUUGAACUCUCAAUCUGACGGCACCCAUUCACUGCAGAAGAUCCAUUUGUCAGGGUUAUGUUUAGUUUUUGUCCUAGUUUUCAUUGUGUUUUCAGUUGGUCUGUUCCCCUGUGACCUAGUUUUCGAUAGCCCCCUAAUUGUCAUUCUGUUCACAUGUUUGAUUAAUUAACUCGUUAAUUCAUUCGUUUGCUCCCUUACUUAAACCUUCAGUUCUCCCUUAGCCAUUGUCCGUUCUGCUUUGUUUAGUUGUGUGUUACAUGUCGAAUUUUGCUUGGUUUUUCUAUUAAAACAAGAUCAUUGAAACCGCACCUUUUCCUUUGCCUGCCUUCACACGACACGACUGUUAUACCAUUGCAGAGCAAGUGAAUCUCUUCAGAAUAAACAAGCUUAGCCACAUCUUGGAUGGCCUGAGCCAUUCCAGCAGUCAGGGGUUUACAGAUCUUUAUCACUUUGAAAAUAACCAGGCUGAUACAGUGAACACUUCUGAGGCAAAAUUAUCUGGUUUUGCCAAACUUUGCAUGAUUAAUGACAACAAAUGUCUGUGAAUAUUUUAGAUAAAGAAUAAUAUUGAUAUGUUUCAACCAUAUGACCUGAAGUAAUAGCAAAUAAACAAGACAUUCGCAAACACACCCUAGAUCUAUUUUUGUUUCCAGAGAUAUGUAGUUAAAAUGGUCUCAUCUCAAUAAAUGGAAGUUGUGACACAACAUCUAA